UGCGCUUCACGUAUGGCCAACUACACCACAAGCACGCAGUCGAUCCGUGAAACAAACAUAAAGACAUAACGCUAUAAUCAUCCAAAAUGCUCGCCAUCCAGUCCUCCAAACCCCAGAAGUGCAUCCCAAACCUUCUCCCCGCACGCAUAAACCACAAUGGCCCUAUUCCUUCAACAUCACAGUACUGGAAACCAUCCGCAGACGAUAAAGGCACCCAACACGCCCACUUCCGCGGCCGACAUCUCCAUGGCACUGUGGUUCCUCUCCCGGAAAACUACACAGGCGCCAUCCUCGCAGUCACCGAAAAUCAAUUACCGCAGUCGAGACAACCGGCGCAGCCAGACGGGGACGAGACAAUGGAGGACGGAGAAGAAGAGAGCAUACCCGUAGAAGUCAACAUUGCAGAACAAGUGGGAGAGUUUGACGAGCUCGUCGUAUGGGGACACGGAGGGGAGGUGGACCCCGGACAGGACAUGUUUGUCAAGGGAUUAAAAGAAUGGGUGGGAUUUGCAGAGAGCAUGCAUCUUGACAUGGAUGAUAAGACAGUCACAGGAGUGGAAAUCGGGAAAGAAAAGAAGGGUUGAGGAGUCGCCAGUAUGCUGUGUUGGAUUGUGAACGCCACGAGUGUUUGGUGCACAGGGCUAUACGAGCUGAGUCGUAUUAAGAAACAUGCAAGAUGUAUUGGAGAAGCAUGUGAGAUGCGGUAUACGAGCACCAGGUCUGACUCGUUGUCAAAACGAUCAAAGCAACGUCAAGUCUCAUGCUUUGCUCUUUGACGCCCCGACUCUUGUUUCAUGCGGUCUUCUAACAUACAGAUGACUACAUGCAAGACGAUGGAUACGACGAAGAAGCAGGCAUACACCACAAUGAAAGAGCCAAUGUGACGCUGCCUGAGAUGAACUUGAAGUGUAACUAGGCAAGAAGGAUAUAUCAAUUACAUCUAAAAGUCAAAAAUACCAUACCGACGAAUAUCAAAAGUUAUACCAACACAUAUCAAUACCCAAAUUAACCA